AUGGUGGUGACCUCGCCAGAUAGCAUGCAGCGGCUGAUCGACCAGGGCAUGGCCAGCCGCACGGUGGGCAGCACGGCCAUGAACGACACCAGCAGUCGGAGUCACAGUGUUUUCACCGUAAAGGUCCAUCAAAAAGAUGCCACGGAUGAGAGCAAGAGCACCUUCGCCAAGAUCAACCUCGUAGACCUUGCCGGCUCCGAACGCGCCAAGUCCACCGGGGCCACGGGCGCCCGGCUCAAGGAAGGAGCAAACAUCAACAAGAGUCUCAGCAGCCUGGGCAACGUCAUCAACGCCCUCGUGGACGUUGCGAACGGAAAGAAGGGCGUAUUCGUCCCCUACCGCAACUCCAAGCUGACGAGGGUGCUACAGGAGAGCCUGGGCGGGAAUUCGCUCACGGCUAUGCUGGCCGCGCUAUCGCCGGCUGCCUGCAACUUCGAGGAAACCCUGAGCACUCUCAAGUACGCCAGCCGCGCCAAGAGCAUCAAGGUCAGCCGCCUGGAGGAGGAAGUGAGGGCUCUCAAGCAGAAAUUAUUGGCUCACGAGCAGCAGACAGCCUCGAUGGCUUCCCUGUCUUCACCACCCCCAUCCACCCCGGCCGGCGGCAACGGCGGCGAUAGCAACGACACGAGCGCGGCAACCGCGAGGGAGGGAAUGGCAGGGGGAAAUGGCGGAGGAGACAGGUACAAGCAGCAAAUUGCGGAGAUGGAGGCGGCGAUGAAGAGCACCUGGGAGGAAAAGGCCAAACAGUCGGAGUCCAGCAGCGGCGAUGGCUCCGUGGUGGCGGUGGGGGAUCUCGAACUGUCGAUCAGGGAAGCCUCGGAGGUCGCGCUGCCCACGCUGCCUUCAAGAGACUGGCUGCGGCAGGUGAGGGCUCUCGUGGCCGCGGAGAACCGCGCCCGUGAAGAGGCCACCGUGUGCGCGGUGUACAGAGAAGCCCUCGCGCUGGAGAUCGACGGAGUGUUCUCCGGAGAUCGUUCCUUGUCAGGGUCUUCGUUUUUCUCGGGGCUGUACGGCGGCGAACCCGAUGACGACCGCGCGUCGGUGGCAUCGACAGCCUGCACCGCCGUCUCGGAUCGCGAGGGCGUCCUCACCACCGGCGCCGUUGCCGCGGCCGGAGACAACGAGGGCAUGCACCAAAACCAAUCUCGAGAUGCGGCGCCUGGAGAUGGUAGUGGUGGUGGAGGUAGUCUUCCGAGACAAGCGGUCAAGACUGCAUCAAGCUACGACCCCGCCCUCUUGCGUCAGCUACAGGCACGACUCACGAGCCUCAGAGACGCGCGGGAGAGGCUCCACGGUCCGCUGGCGAGAGCUGUCGAAGAGAGUUCUAAAAAGCUUUUGGAAAGUGUGGAGUCGUUCUCGGCGAAGUUUGCCGCCUCUCCUCACGAGCACAUCGGCGGCGGCGUGCAGCGUCGGGGAGGUGCAGAGGCCGCGGAUGGAGUAGCGGCUGCGGCAAAGGUGCUUUUGUCCAAGGUAGGCGUUAACCUGUUGCCUUCAUCAUCCGUGAUGACGAUCGACUUCGUAACGUGCAGAGCAAAGGCGACGAAGGUACGACAUCAACGGCAGCAGGAGGAGGAGCAAGAGGAGAGAUGGGGGAGGCUGCAUCCCGAAGGCAAGACACCGAUAGCCAGUGACAUCGAAGCUGGAAUGUCCCCGGCGGAGGCCAGGAAGAGCGAGGGAGUCCGCGCGCUGGCCUUGAUCCGUCGGCAAGUCGUCGCCCGUGGCCGCCAGACUCGGCAGCAACGGGGCUUCGGUAAUGCGACCAGCGGCAACGGCGAAGCGGCGCUAGACGCUGCCGGGCAACCGAUAGCCGCAGCCAUCGCAGCAGCACAAGAAGCAGCAGCAGCGGUAGAAGCGGUAUCAAGAGAGACCAGCGAAGGGGAAGGAAGAAGGAGGCCGGCUAAUGGAGCGUCAGGAAGAACCGGAGGAGGAGUAGGAGCUGAGGCAGAAGCAGCAGCGUCGAUGGCUGCUACAGCCGCGAACACUUUACCCGCAAGAGCAGACGCGGAGGCGCUCUGCCCCGCCGCUGUAGUCAUCGCGAGAGCGGUGGAGGCCAUACUGUGCGGUACCACCGCAAGUUUCGCGGGCACCGACGGUGACAGCGGCGGUGACGAAAGCGAAGGGCGAGGCGGAGUCAACAGUCCAGAAACAGCAGCAUCAUCAUCAGCAACGGCGGAGCUCGUGGCGACAAAUGCUGCCGGCAAUGAGAAACGCGAAGACGUUGAGAUGGUCGCUGAUGGGGGAGACGGGAGUCAGGCGGAGCGAAAGCAGUAUCGCGAGACUCUGGAUGGGCUGGGUAAAGCUCUUGGAACCCUCCGGGAGGCGCUCAAAGCUGCAGCGGGGCAUUCCACGCCCUCUCUUGCAGUCUCCUCUGCGUCAGUAGAUGAGGCUGCCGGGGUCGACAGGGUUUCCAGGACGCAGGGGUCUUCCAAUGAUCAGGCUGGCGGCAGCAGUAGCGGUGGUGAUGGACGCAACGUCACGGAAGGAGGGGCAAGGGCUGUGGGUCUGCCCCAGCUGGAAGUCCUGCCCCCUUCAUCGCAGUGGCGCUUUCGGUGCUCCACGGGGGGGAACGCGGCGAGCGAGGGCGAGAACCUUGACCGUCUGCAAGAACGGGAGGAUAAUGGGGAUAACAAUGGUUGCUGCUUCACGUGGGAGCCGGCGGCGGCUAGGGAAGGCGAUGGGGAGCAGCGUCGUCCUUUGAGUGGCGGCUCCGCAGAUGGGGGUUCCGCCCUUGCCUCUCCUCGCUGCUGGGUGGAACUAGACUUCGGAAAAUCGGUCACCGUCAAGGGGUUGACAAUCGAACCGCUGGCAAUCCAAAGAAGUGAG